AAACAUGGGACUACACGUCCCACAAUGCCACGCGCAAGGGACCACAUCCAUUUCCUGUUGCUCAACGCGCUUGCUCCUGCCGACGUGUUCUUCCGGUGGCGGAUCGGUGGUUUAUCCUGAGCGGGGCAAAAUGGAGCUCGAGGCCAUGAGUAGGUAUACCAGCCCAGUGAACCCGGCUGUCUUCCCUCACCUGACUGUGGUACUUCUGGCCAUCGGCAUGUUCUUCACUGCCUGGUUCUUCGUUUACGAAGUGACCUCUACCAAGUACACACGCGACAUUUACAAAGAGCUCCUCAUCUCCUUGGUGGCCUCACUCUUCAUGGGCUUUGGAGUCCUCUUCCUCCUGCUGUGGGUUGGCAUCUACGUAUGAGUCUCUUAUCAAGGGAGCCUGCCUGUGAUCAGAAUGCUGUAGGUGCUGCCAAGAAAUGCUGAAGCCGUCAUUUGAGUAAAACCUCUUUACUCAAACCCACCAUUCCCCUUGGGGGUAGAAGAGGCAGAGAUGACACCCACUGAGCAUGGACCCAAGCUACAAUAAAGGAACGUGGAGUCCUGUCUACUAGUGUCCCUCCAUGCUGAGGCCCACUUGGCUUUCCAGUUCUGUCCUACUCCUUGGUGCCUGGUUUAAGUGCAUUUAGUAAUUAUAUCAUUAAUAAAAGUUAUCUGCAUUCA